AUGGAAAAAGGAUCAGAAAGUGGAGCUUGUCCCCUUGCUGCUCCAGGCAAUUUAGUUGAGUCAAAUGCAGACAAUAACAGCAGCAAUGGAGCCUCAACGAAAGAGAAGGAUGCGCUUUCCUCUUCUGGAGAGCUGGUGAAUGUACAGCUGAAACCCAGCAGAGAAACAUCCAGAAAAAAACUCUGUGGCUAUUUAAAUAAGCUGGGCAUCAAGGGGCCAAUCAAAACCUGGAAGUCUCGCUGGUUCUUUUACGAUGAAAACAAAUGUCAUUUACUGUACUACAGAACUGCACAGGACAUCAACCCUUUGGGGUCUAUCGAUCUCUCCUGCGCCAGCUUUGACUGCAAGGUGGAAAAUGGGGAAGGGGUUUUUGAGAUCAGAACACCAAGCAGAGUUUUUACUUUGAAGGCAACCAGCAAUCAGGCAAUGAUGUAUUGGCUGCAGCAGCUACAAAUGAGACGUUGGGAAUUUUGCAACGCUCAGGGCAGAUUUCCUUUGGGCAGCUCCCAGCUUGUGAACGAACCUCUGGCUGGCAGAACAAAUGUUGUUGAUGGUGAAGACUUUCUGCCUCCGGUGAAAACACCAACAGAAGCAGUGGGUUUAAAGGCAGCGUCUUUGCCUGCACCCCAAACAUCUACCGCUUUGCAGAACAUCUCCCUUAAGCACCCUUGGACAGAGAUACAAAACACUGUCUACAAUAUGUGUGGCUCCAAGCAGCUCUGGGGGAACAAUGGGAACAUCUUCAGCUUCAAUGAAUUCCAGGAGCGUCCUGAGAACCCGAAUGAGGAGCAAGAGGCAGAAGUGGAGGCAGGGUGUGCAGGUGCUUUUAAGGAGAGGAUCCCGGAGGAUGGGAGGAUGGAGCUGAGGCUGAACUGGGUUAGGAAAGCCAGGUGGAUAAACAGUGGCUUCCCAGGCUUGCCUGAAGAACUGUCCAGGGAGAGGAACUCAAUGGACAAAGUGAGUGUCCUACAGCAACAGAUCCUGACACUCACAGAGGAAGUCAAGUCACAGAAGGAGCUGGUUAAACUUCUCCACAAAGCUCUGGAGGCAGCCCAGCAGGAGAAGCGGGUAUCUAGCAUGUAUCUCACUGCAGCAGAAGAUAAGGACAGGCUGGAGCUGGUGCGCCACAAAGUGAGACAAAUCGCAGAUCUCACCAGUCGACUGGAAGCGCUUGAGCAAGAAAAGAAGGACCUGGAGCAGAUACUGGCUCUGAGAGACAGCCACAUCCAGGAACUCAAGGAACACGUGCAGCUUCUGAUGGAGAAGAACCACGCCAAACAGGAAGUCAUCAUGGCCUUGACGGAGCAGAUGGCCCGAGAGCUCUCUGACCCCCUGCAAGAAGCCAACACCAUCGCUGCAGAGACAUUGUAUAAGCAACAGGAGGAGAUUGAGCACCUGAAGGAUGAUAUUGAUGCAUACAAAACCCAGAACCAAUUUCUCAACUCGGAGAUCCACCAGGUUACUCAACUCUGGACAAGUGUUGCUGAGAAUGAAAAAGCCCUUCUGAUGAAGUGUGCCUGCCUGCAAGCACGAAACUGCCAGAUGGAGAGCAAAUACCUGACAGUCCUGCGGAAGCUGCAGGAGGCUGUGCCUGGCCUGCCCAGCUCCCAUGCUGAGUUGGUGAGGAACCUCAUCCAGGAAGCGCUCCAGUGGGAUGUGAAGGAAGAAGCAGAAGAAGGUUUUAACCUGAACCCUGUAAGUGAGUAUGACGAGUAUGGGUUUAUGACUGUACCUGACUAUGAAGUUGAGGACUGGAAACUUCUGGCCAAAAUUCAAGCCCUGGAGAUAAAGUCCAACAACCUGCGGAGCCAGGAAGUAGUGGAGAAGCCCCUCCGUGACAGGUGGAACAGCGUUGGAGAGCUGAGCCCCUCUGCAGAGCUGAAGAACCUGAUCCGAAAUGGCAUUCCAGUGGAGCAUAGGCAACGGGUCUGGAGGUGGAUUGUCAGCCGGCACUGCAGCCAUCUGCCUGACCACUACCAGCGACUGUUACGGCAGAGCAAGAGCACCGAGCACCCUGCCUGCCGGCAGAUUGAGCUUGACCUGCCCCGCACACUGACCAACAACAAACAUUUUUCCUCUCCCACCUCCCAGCUCAUCCCCAAGCUCCGGAGAGUGUUGCUGGCAUUCUCCUGGCACAAUCCUGCCAUUGGAUACUGCCAGGGACUGAACAGAUUGGCAGCUGUUGCCCUCUUGGUCCUGGAAGAUGAGGAAAGUGCUUUCUGGUGCCUAGUCCAUAUUGUGGAGAACUUAAUGCCGGCAGACUACUACAGUGACACACUGAUAACAUCACAGGUAGAUCAGAGAGUCUUCAAAGACUUCCUGUCAGAGAAGCUGCCUCGUCUCAUGGCUCAUUUUGAGCAGUAUCGGAUUGAUGUCUCACUCAUCACCUUCAAUUGGUUUCUGGUGGCCUUUGUGGACAGCCUGGUCAGCGACAUCCUCCUGCGAGUGUGGGAUGCCUUCUUGUACGAGGGAACUAAGGUGAUCUUCCGCUAUGCUCUUGCGAUUUUUAAAUACAACGAGGAGGAAAUCCUAAGAAUUCAUGACAGUGUGGAGAUCUACCAGUACCUACGCUUUUUCACGAGAAUGAUCAUGGAUGGCAGGAAGCUGAUGAACAUUGCCUUCAAUGACUUGAAUCCCUUUCCCAUGAAACUGCUGAGGAACCGGCGGACAAUGCAUAGGGAAGAGCUGGAGGCAGAGCUGUGCGAGCUGGAACAGAUCAAGGCAGCCUAUGUAAAAGAGAGAGCAGAGCAGGGGCCUCAGGACCUGAAGGAGGUUGUUAGUGAAGAGGAAGAAGAGAUUUAACAAAAACAGAGUUCCUCAUCACAUCCCUCCCACCUUGCAGAAGGUCUUCAGUAGCAACUGUCUGUAAGAAAUGGAGCGGAGGAGCAAAGAUGAUCACACAGCAGGAGUUCAUCUGCCGCAGGAAUCAGGGCUGUAGGUAUAGGACCAUUUGGGGACCAAGCCAGACUUUGUAAUGGAUUGAAAAAUGUCAAAGGAGUUUUAUCCUCUUCUGUACUGCUCCCCAUUCAGCCCACCCUGUCCUGUGCAGUUCAGGAUUACAGCUGAAGGUCCAUAGGAAAUAUCAGUUGUGGUGCCGUGACAGAAGUUGACAUGGUGCAAAAGACCCAGCCAGGCAGGGCUUUUCUACCUUUUCUGAUGGAGGCUUGAAAGAGGUCUUUAUGUACAAGUAAAAUUGCCAGAAAUAAUGAACCGAGAGCACUCCCUCUUUGGUACCUAAAGCUCCUAAAUUGGUUAGGAAGGAAACCUGCUCUUUGAAGGCAUGGUGCCUUCAGUGGCUAGCCUGCCAGCAGAGCAUGUGUUUAACAUUGCCGUUACUGAGUUAUGACACUGUCUCCAGACGAGUGUUGGGCCUGAGAAAGUCCUGGGAGCUGGAGGACAUCUUCCCAUGGGACUCAGGCUGGGACAAGUGAAAUGGGUUGUGGAAGAGCGGAGUUGCCUCUGCAGUUUAUUUUGGUUCCUGUGGAAGUCUGUGGGAGCACAAGGUGCAUGUCCCUGCCUGGCUGGGAAAUGCUGGGAGCUACCACUCCUUUUUGUUUAGCUUUGAGCAGAGCCAUCUAUGGGCUGGCCUGACACUGGCAGUACUGUGCCUUUCAGAGAUGAGUUUGCUCCACAGAGAAGCUCUCAUCUCAGUGUGAAACCAACUGCAGCCUGGCUGCAGGCAGGGCCUAAUGUUGUGGAGACUUUGGCUACUGGGGACACCUGGGUCUUCUGAUCGCCUCAUGCUUGGCCAGGAUGAGUGUGUGGCCAUCUCUCUGCCUCACAGUUACGCUUCUCCUGUGCUGGAUUUCUACAUUGAUAUCCCUGUCUCUGACCCCCAUUAAAAAUGGGAGGGAGGAGGUCUUUUCUGUAGAAUUUUCCAGUACUGAAGGUGUUUGACCCAUGGAAUAUGGCCCUCUGGGGGU